AUGCCUUCUCACAGGUUCCACUGGCUCCUCGCAAAAGAGCCAGUCCAAGCCACCCCUCAAUCGCGAGGACAGCAGGGAGACCCGCUGGUUGUCCAUAUGCGCCGGGCCUCUGCCAGUCUCUCUCGUCGUUCGCAGUCGCCGCCGGUCCAGCUCCAGUCCCAGUACGACGACGACGACGACGACGACUGCGAGUUCUAUCGAGCGCCCAAGCACCCGGUCCAGUUCCCUCAAGACACGACCGUCACAGGUCCCAAGCUCGAACCCAUUCGGUCUUCCAGUUCUUCUUCCGGUAGUUUCAAGAUGGCAGGUCUCCCUCCCGCUCUACCGCCUUCCUACAGUACCGGACCAACCAGCAGCAGUAGUACUAGCACUAUCCAGAACUUGAUCCGCAGUCGACGGUCGUCGCAGGACGAGAUCCGGGCUUUAUUGGCUCGCACUACUCAAGCUCUGGACAAGAUCGUGAGCAUUCGCGAGUCGAUGGAAGACGUGGUGGACUUUAAACAGUUUGAACACCGUCAAUUGCGGCUUUCUCGGCCGUCGCGGGUGAGCUCCAGUAUUGCUGAACUAGGCGCUCACUCGGCGCGGUCGACGCCAGCUUCGAGUUACAAUAGUACUGCAGCGUCGUCUUCGUUGUCGGAAGACACGUUAGCAGCAGAUCGAUCGACGAACUCGUCGUCCCCUUCUGUUGGAGAGGAUCAUGACGAGGAGGAGGACGAGAUGGAAGAUGGGGAACAUGACGUGGAUCGACAUCGAGAGGUGGAGACGAAUCGAAGGGAACGGGAUCGACAACGAGAGAUGGAGCUGGAAAGACGGGGAAAUGCUGCGAGGGCGGUGCAUCGUCUGUCUGAUGAAGGAUCAACAAGUGCUUCGACUGUUAGUUCCAUCUCGACUGUCGAUGACUUGGCGCCGUUGAAGGAAGCGCGACUGGAUCGACUCAAGGGUAUCAAUAUUUCGUUCCAUGAGGGACUGCCGAAGGAGUUUUUCCAGGCUUUGUGUCGGUUCCUCCACUCGGCGCUUGAAAUCAAGACUCGACACUCGAGGUUCAACUUUUACAAGGAAGCGUUUACUGGUGGUGACGCCGUUCGUGAGAUGCUGAUCGCUGGCUUUGCUGAAGAUCAUCAGACAGCUACGAGGUAUGGUAAUGUCCUUGUGAGACUUGGAUUCAUUGAGCACGUGUCUCGCACGGAUGACCAGCUGCAUAAUUCCAAGGAUAACUUUUACCGAUUUACCAAGGCACUGGAUUACAACGAUGCGUCGGAGACUCUCACCUCAGAUACGGCCACGCGGGGCCGUACGUCAGACAACGCCAGCAAUUACCUUGAGUCAGAGCUCUCGAACGUGUCUGCCGAUCUGGUAGACUAUGACUUUGCUACAGCUACCGAUGAGGUGCACGCGCUCGUGACGGAAGAGGCGCUGCAUGCGCUAGCGAAUGUGCUGCAUAAAGUGUUUGAGCGCAAGAACAAGCUGCUGUUUUACAAGGGCUUUGCUGGCUGCUUCUUGGGAGCCGAGGCUGUGAAUGUCAUCCGCGAGAUGCACAUUACCACUACAUUUAUUGACGCAGUGCUGAUUGGACAGGCGCUGUUGGACGAAGGGUUGAUUGAGCCGAUUGCGACAGCUGUCACAACGUUCCAGGACAAAUACGUCUUCUACCGUCUUACUAAGAUACCAUCGUCGUGA